GAUCCUUUGGAGGUUUUUAACGUUUAACCUCGUCUCUCUCUCUCCAAAAUCUCCACACUCUAUUGAUACUGCAUACUCUGAAAUUUACAUAGAAGCAGCAUCUGAGCUUUCUCUCCUCCAUUGAAGCAGCUUAUAAGCAGGUCGUCAUGGGUGUCACUCUUGAUUUACAGGCUUUUAUUCUUCGUGCUCGAGUAUUGAAGCUGUAUAGAGAAGCACUGAGAACGGCUAGGCGAGCCCCUUGUCAAUCCAGAGUUGAAUUGCAGCAAACAAUAAGGCAAGAGAUAGAGAAGAACCGGGAUUGCCAGGACAAGCAGAAGAUUCGUUUCCUGCUAAGUGAAGGGAAGGAGAGAGUGAAACGCUUAGAUGAGAUGCUCGAUAUGCAAGGUUGCUGAGAAUGUUGACCAUUCAUUGCUUUGGGGGAAAUGUUCUAUUACAAGAGGAUAUAAUUAAAUCACAAAGCUCGUUGGCUUGCUGGCUACCUAAUGUACUCACUGUGGUGGUUCAGCCAUGAUCUGUUGACUGUUAUAAUCUUUUUUAAAUGAGGAUAUAUAUGUGGAAUACGUUGCAAGAAA